UACGUAGCCGGUCUAGAUAAAUUAGUCCGGUGACUCACCUUUCUGCAAGUGCUGGGAAAAUCGGAACUACGUCGUCGUUUUAAUUAGGAGGAGUGAACCUUGGGAUCUAGCUGGUUCAGGUUCGUUAACAAAGUCGGCGACGUUCCCGAUCCCACCAGCUUUAAAAUCAAAUCAAACCUAAAAUUCCCCAAAAUCAAAAACUCAGAGCCACCAAUUUCACAAAUCCACAAAAACCCACUUGCUUUCACACAACAAAAUGCAACAAAUCUUCCUUCAAUUCCCAAACUCUGCUCUACAAACCCUAACCCUAAAUAGCACACAAACCCCAACUCUCCAAGAUCUCAAGCUCUCUCUUUUCCCCGAUGACAAUCAAAAUCUCUCAUCUUUCUACUUCACUAUCAAUGGAAAACCUCUCUGCGAUUCAACCCUUAUCCCAAAUCCCCAGAUUACCCCUCUUUCCACCCUAAUUUUACACUCCCGUCUCCUGGGCGGCGGUGGCGAUGGCGGCGCAACGGGUGCCGAGUCACGUGACUGUUAUCUUAAUAUGUAUGCAGAGAAAAAACCUGAUAAAGUUGACCCAAAUGAGCAAAGACUCUCGAAGUGGCUUAAUUGUGCUUUAUCCAAUGAGCCCUUAAAGCAGCCAUGUGUAAUUGAUAAGCUUGGUAAUGUUUUUAAUAAGGAAGCUUUAGUAGAGGCUUUGAUUGGUAAGAAAUUGCCUAAGGAGUUUUGGUAUAUAAAGGGUUUGAAGGAUAUGAUCAAUAUUAAGUUGGAACCAAUUCCUGGUGAGAAGGAGGGGUUGUAUAAUGCUAGGUUUCAUUGUCCCGUAACGGAUUUAGAGUUUCAUGGGAAGUAUAAAUUUUUCGCUUUGAAGAAAUGUGGCCAUGUUCUGAGUGCUAAGGCAUUGAAGGAGGUGAAAUCAUCCGCUUGUUUGGUUUGUUAUAAGGAAUUCGAGGAAUGUGAUAAGAUUGUGAUAAAUGGAAGCGAUGAGGAGGUGUCGGUUUUGAGGGAGAGAUUGGAUGAGGAGAGGUUGAAAGUUAAAGAUAAGAAGUCAAAGAAGGUGAAGAAUGGGGAAUUGGGUGUUAAUGGAGGAGAUGACUAUGUUGGUUUGGAUUCGUCGCGGUUGAUAGGUAAGAAGCAUGGGAUUGCUGAUAGCAAGGGUGUUGAGAAGGCUGUUGGUAAAGUUGAAGGGAAUGACAAGGUUGAGAAGGUGAAAGGGGCGACCAAUGCCGGUGGUGCUCUAAAGAAAUUUAAGGCAUCUGAUAUAGCGCCUGCUAAUGCAAAUAAAGAGGUGUAUGCAUCCAUUUUUACUUCUUCCAAAAAGAAGGAUUUUAAGGAGACAUAUAUGUGUCGGUCACUCCCACUCGGUAGGAACUGAUUGUUGAAGGUUCAUAAGUGCAUAGUUCCCUUUAUGAGGAAGAAGUGACUCAGAAAAUUGGAUGUCGAUCACAUAUGCUGAGGAAAAUAUAGACAACUGCUUUGAUUUGAUUUUUUUUCUCUUUUGCUGAUGUUGGAAGGCCUGUUCUCGAAUUGUGUUUAAACAAAGAAAGCAUUUAUUCAAAAGAGGUUAGAAGGCAAUAAAAAUGUAUUAUAUGUGAAAAUAGUAUUGAAACAUAAGAGUCCUUAAAAACUUUUGGUGCGAAUAAAUGAUGUGCUAAUUUGUAUGUACUUAAAUGGGCAUGUUAUUGCAUGCACCUUUCAAUUUAAUGAUAGAGCUAGAUUCUCUGGAAGAAUUUCGAGAGCUAUUUAGUUUGCUGGA